AUCCCCGGCUCAGCCGCACUUUUGCGCCAGACGAGAAGGGGGGACGUUCUCGCACUCGAGCAAAAAGACGAGGAGGAAAAAGCGUCGGGGAGUCCGGGGGAAUUUACCGCGGUGUUUUUUGCCUGGAACGGCUCAUCUUUUCCCCGGGGUUUUUACAAAGAUGAACGCCGGCUGCGUGAUGCUGGCGUGCGGCUUGCUUGCGGGCGCAUCCUGGGGGUUUAAGACAAGCCAACCCCCCAAACUUCCUUGUAGACCCGGCUUCUCCCAGAACUUCUACACAGUGAUAGUCUCAGGAGAUGUAUUGCACGGCAAGAGCAUCCUCAAAGAUACCACCCUGUCCAGCGAGCGUGUGAAGUUUCAAGACUGCCAGCGCAGCAGAGAGGUGGGCUUCGUAAGCAGCGACCCCAACUUCAGCGUGAGGCCUGAUGGGACGGUAUACACUGAGCAGGAGGUGGCCAACCUGUCGGAGCCCGUUCAGUUCAUGGUCACGGCGCGGGGUCUCCAUGACCCUCACAUCUGGGAGACCACCGUGAAGCUGGCGCUCGCCGGACACCUGCAUUCUUUACCUCUCACAAAGAUCAGUUUUGAGGAGAUGCUCUCAAGAGUACUGGACUCCCAACCCAGGGUUAUCAAGUUUUCUCGAAGACAUCAGCGAGGCUCAUCUGGCAACGGGCUGAGGCGACAGAAGAGGGACUGGGUCAUCCCGCCCAUCAACGUGCCCGAAAACUCCCGAGGACCCUUCCCCCACAUGCUCGUCAGGAUCCGCUCGGAUCAGGAUAAGGACGUAGGAAUCCGCUACAGCAUCACUGGAGCAGGCGCUGACCAGCCCCCCAGUGGCAUCUACAACAUCGACCCCAUCAGCGGCAACAUGUUUGUCACCCAACCCCUCGACAGAGAGGAGAGAGCGUCCUACCAUCUCCGUGCCCAUGCAGUGGACAUGAAUGGGAACCAGGUGGAGAAUCCCAUAGACUUGUACAUCUAUGUGAUCGACAUGAACGACAACAGACCGGAGUUUCAGAACCAGGUCUACAACGGCUCUGUGGCCGAAGGCUCCAAACCAGGCUCGUCUGUGAUGCAGGUUACAGCCGCCGACUCGGAUGACUCCACUACAGCUAACGGCAUGGUGCGUUAUCGCAUCCUCUCGCAGACGCCCCACAGUCCCAUACCCAACAUGUUCACCAUCAACAGCGAGACUGGCGAUAUAGUAACCGUGGCAGCCGGUCUGGACAGAGAGAAAGUGUCUCAGUACACACUCAUCGUCCAGGCCACAGAUAUGGAGGGAAACUUGAACUUUGGACUUUCCAACACAGCUACAGCACUUAUCUCCAUCACCGACAUCAACGAUAAUCCCCCAGAGUUUACCGUCAGGACGUUCUCGGGCGAGGUCCCAGAGAACAAGGUGAACGUGGUGGUCACCAACCUGACCGUGGUGGACAGAGACCAGCCCCACAGCCCCAACUGGAACGCCGUCUACCGCAUCAUCAACGGAGACCCCACCGGACACUUCACCAUCCGCACCAACCCCAUCACCAACGAGGGCAUGCUGACCGUCGUCAAGCCGGUGGACUUCGAGAUGAACCGGGCCUUCAUGCUGACCGUGGUGGUGUCCAACCAGGCAGACCUGGCCAGUGGCAUCCAGUCCUCCCUCCAGUCCACAGCAGGAGUCACCAUCUCUGUCCAGGACGUGAACGAGCCGCCCGUCUUCCCCGUCAACCCCAAGAUGAUCCGUUUCGAGGAGGGCGUGCCGGCAGGGACCACUCUCACCGUGUUCGCCGCCCAAGACCCCGACCACUUCAUCCACCAGAUCGUCAGGUACUCCAAGCUAUCAGACCCUGCUAACUGGCUGAAGAUCAACAGGACCAACGGUCAGAUCACCACCAUGGCCCUGCUGGACAGAGAGUCCGUGCACGUCAGGAACAACAUGUACGAGGCCACGUUCCUGGCAUACGACAAUGGUUCACCUCAAGCCAGUGGGACGGGCACUCUCCAGAUCUACCUCAUCGACGUGAACGACAACGCCCCGGUGCUGGUGCCCCGAGAGGCCCAGGUGUGCGAGCGCGCACGCCCCAACUCCAAGGUCAACAUCACAGCUUCAGACGCCGACACCGACCCCAACGUGGGGCCCUUCGUCUUCGAGCUGCCGCCCUUUCCCGCCAGCGUCCGACGCAACUGGACCAUCUCCAGACUGAGCGGGGACUACGCUCAGCUGAGGCUGAGGAUUCCCUACCUGGAGGCGGGCGUGUAUGAGAUCCCUGUCAUCGUCUCCGACUCGGGGAACCCUCCUCUGUCCAACCGUUCUCUGAUCAGGGUCAAAGUGUGUCCCUGCGACAGUAAUGGGGACUGCAGCGCCACGGGGGCGGUGGCGGCCGCCGGCCUCGGCACCGGAGCCAUCAUUGCCAUACUCAUCUGCAUCAUCAUACUACUCAGCAUGGUUCUGCUGUUUGUGGUGUGGAUGAAGCGCCGGGAAAAGGAACGGCAGGCAAAGCCACUGCUAAUUGAUCCCGAGGACGACGUCCGGGACAACAUCCUCAAAUAUGAUGAGGAGGGAGGAGGAGAGGAGGAUCAGGACUACGACCUGAGCCAGCUGCAGCAGCCCGAGUCUCUGGACCACAUCAUCAGCAAGCCCACGGGCGUGCGCAGGGUGGACGAGCGGCCGGUGAUCGCAGAGUCCCAGUACCCCGUCAGGCCCAGCCUGCCCCACCCCGGAGACAUCGGAGACUUCAUCAACGAUGGCCUGAGGGCAGCAGACAACGACCCCACCGCUCCGCCCUACGACUCCCUGCUGGUGUUCGACUACGAGGGCAGCGGCUCCACCGCCGGCUCCGUCAGCUCGCUCAACUCCACCAGCUCGGGGGACCAGGACUACGACUACCUCAACGACUGGGGCCCUCGCUUCAAGAAGCUGGCCGACCUGUACGGAGGCGGGAGCGACGACUGAGGGCGGCGCC